AUGCCACCCCAGAUCAAGCAAGAUCUUAACCGCUCAGGAUGGGAAACCACCGAUUUCCCAUCCGUUUGUGAGACGUGUCUCCCUGAAAACCCUUACGUUAAAAUGCUCAAAGAGGACUAUGGCGCCGAAUGCAAAUUGUGCACCAGACCUUUUACUGUCUUUGCUUGGAGCGCCACGCGCGCCAACGGUCGCAAGAAGCGAACCAACAUUUGCCUAACCUGCGCGAGGCUCAAGAACUGCUGCCAGUGUUGCAUGCUCGAUCUUUCCUUUGGCCUUCCCAUCGUCGUACGCGAUGCCGCUCUCAAGAUGGUCGCCCCCGGCCCUCAGUCCGACAUCAACCGAGAAUACUUUGCUCAAAAUAACGAACAACUGAUCGAGGAGGGAAAGGUCGGACAAGAGGAAUACGAAAAGACAGACGAGAAGGCGCGUGAGCUGCUACGAAGACUCGCCAACAGCAAACCCUACUUCCGCAAAGGAAGGACUAUUGAGGAGGGUGAAAGCUCCAAGAGCGGAAACGCAGCUGUUGGUGCUGGCCUCGGCGGUCCAGGCCCUAUUCGAACGCGAGAUUCCAAGGCUGCCGCAGCAGCGGGAGCUAAACCCGGUGGUAAGGGUCGUCAGGUGUUCCCAAGUGCUGCCCAGUUGCCUCCGAGUCCGCGCGACUGGCAACCCCCCGCCGACAAGAGUAUCAUGUCGCUUUUUGUGACUGGUAUUGAGGACGACCUACCCGAGUACAAGCUUAGGGAUUUCUUCAAGGCACACGGCAAGAUCAAGAGCUUGGUCUGCUCACACAUGUCACACUGCGCCUUUGUCAACUACGAAACUCGAGAGGCGGCCGAGAAAGCUGCGGAGGCAUGCCAGGGUCGAGCUGUGAUUGCUGGAUGUCCGCUGCGGGUUCGAUGGGGACAACCAAAGGCAAUUGGUACUAUGGAUAAAGACCAAAGAAGUCAGAUGCUGCGUGAUGCCAGACAGCGCCAGGGAGGUUCUCAAGGUCAAGGCUCACGAGCAGCGGAGGGCAGUGGCGAGUCUACUAACCGGCCUGCGGCUCUCCCUGCCCCUGUGGCAGCACCUCCUGGAGCUUCUGAUACCCCUGCCUACGCUGCUCUUUCUGGAGACUAG